GCCGCACACCAGAGGCCACAUCUGGCCCGGGGUCACCUCCUGCGCGUGGCCGGCGAGAGCUGGCGGCCCUGGACGCCAGCCCGUCGUGGCGGCUGCGGGACGUGCUCGCGGGGACGCCCGCGCAGGGUGGCGCGCCGGGCAGCCGGAGGCGGGUGUUCCUCGGGGAGACGGAGCUUCGCGGCGGCGCGACCUUGGCCGAGAUCGGUGCCAGGGGCGGCAGCGAGCUUACGUUGGUGGUGACUCCCGCGCUGCAUGUGCUGACCGCCUCCGAUGACGGCACGGCGAGGAUCUGGCACGCGGAGUCUGGCCAGUGCCUGCGCACGCUGGAGGGCCACCACGGUCGGGUGGAGUCCGCCGUGUUCUCGCCGGACGGGCUGGAGGUGCUGACCGCCUCCGCAGACGACACGGCGAGGAUCUGGCACGCGGAGUCUGGCCAGUGCCUGCGCACGCUGGAGGGCCACGACGAUUGGGUGAUGUCCGCCGUGUUCUCGCCAGACGGGCUGGAGGUGCUGACCGCCUCCCAUGACGGCACGGCGAGGAUCUGGCACGCGGAGUCUGGCCAGUGCCUGCGCACGCUGGAGGGCCACCACGGUCGGGUGGAGUCCGCCGUGUUCUCGCCGGACGGGCUGGAGGUGCUGACCGCCUCCGCAGACGACACGGCGAGGAUCUGGCACGCGGAGUCUGGCCAGUGCCUGCGCACGCUGGAGGGCCACGACGAUCGCCUGUGGUCCGCCGUGUUCUCGCCGGACGGGCUGGAGGUGCUGACCGCGUCUAGAGACGGCACGGCGAGGAUCUGGCACGCGGAGUCUGGCCAGUGCCUGCGCACGCUGGAGGGCCACAACGGUUCGGUGGAGUCCGCCGUGUUCUCGCCGGACGGGCUGGAGGUGCUGACCGCCUCCAAUGACGGCACGGCGAGGAUCUGGCACGCGGAGUCUGGCCAGUGCCUGCGCACGCUGGAGGGCCACGGCGAUUGCCUGUGGUCCGCCGUGUUCUCGCCGGACGGGCUGGAGGUGCUGACCGCCUCCGAAGACGGCACGGCGAGGAUCUGGCACGCGGAGUCUGGCCAGUGCCUGCGCACGCUGGAGGGCCACGACGAUAGCGUGGAGUCCGCCGUGUUCUCGCCGCAGCCCCCCCCCGCGGGCACUGCGCUCCCAGCGCUGGCCCGCCGCAUGCACAGACUGCCCUUCGCGCGGGCCCUCGGGCCCUCCAAGCUGGUGGGCCCUGGGCAGCUGGCGGCCCUGGACGCCAGCCCGUCGUGGCGGCUGCGGGACGUGCUCGCGGGGACGCCCGCGCAGGGUGGCGCGCCGGGCAGCCGGAGGCGGGUGUUCCUCGGGGAGACGGAGCUUCGCGGCGGCGCGACCUUGGCCGAGAUCGGUGCCACUGGCGGCAGCGAGCUUACGUUGGUGGUGACUCCCGCGCUGCAGGAUCUGAGUCUGGAUUCCGUGGUGUCCGCCGUGUUCUCGCCGGACGGGCUGGAGGUGCUGACCGCCUCCACAGACGGCACGGCGAGGAUCUGGCACGCGGAGUCUGGUCAGUACCUGCGCACGCUCGAGGGCCACAACGGUUCGGUGGAGUCCGCCGUGUUCUCGCCGGACGGGCUGGAGGUGCUGACCGCCUCCUAUGACGGCACGGCGAGGAUCUGGCACGCGGAGUCUGGCCAGUGCCUGCGUGCGCUGGAGGGCCACCGCGAUUCGGUGCAUUCCGCCGUGUUCUCGCUGGACGGGCUGGAGGUGCUGACCGCCUCCUAUGACGGCACGGCGAGGAUCUGGCACGCGGAGUCUGGCCAGUGCCUGCGCACGCUGGAGGGCCACCACGGUUGGGUGGAGUCCGCCGUGUUCUCGCCGGACGGGCUGGAGGUGCUGACCGCCUCCCAUGACGGCACGGCGAGGAUCUGGCACGCGGAGUCUGGCCAGUGCCUGCGCACGCUGGAUGAAGGCCACGACGGUAUCGUGAUGUCCGCCGUGUUCUCGCCGGACGGGCUGGAGGUGCUGACCGCCUCCUAUGACGGCACGGCGAGGAUCUGGCACGCGCUGUCUGGCGGGUGCCUGCGCACGCUGCAGGGCGAAGUGCCAGAAUCUGCUCUCGCUUCCGAGGGGGAGGGGCCUUUUUGA